ACUCGUCAGUGUUCGCGCGAAUUUAUCAGUGAGUUCAUUGAAUUAUAUAGACACCACACAUGUUUGUGGAAGAUAAAAAGUAAGGAAUAUAGUGACAGAGAUAAAAAGGCAGCAGCCUACAAUUCUCUAAUUGUAAAAUUGCGGGCAGUUGACGCCUCGGCAAACCGAGAAACAGUGAUAAAAAAAAUAAAUUCGUUGCGAACUGUUUACCGGAAAGAGUUGUCGAAGGUGCAGAAAUCUCGAAGAUCUGGUGUAGGAGUGGAUCAGGUGUACCAGCCAACGCUGUGGUAUUUUGAUCUGCUUGGCUUUCUUAGUGAUCAAGAAACGCCAAGACCAAGCAGAAGUACAAUUGAAGAUGAAAUUGGAGUGUUAACGAGCGAGGAAAUGGAACACGAGUGUGAAGGAGAGAAUGACAUAGAAAAUGUAGCCAUUGAAGAUACUGACUCGAAUCCAGUGACACCAGUAACUGGAGAGUCAACUCCAAUGACACCAGUUACUCCGAGAUCAUCAAACUCUAAUAACAGCUUGAGUAACGCUCCUCGUGGGAAGCGGAAACGUUCAAUGGAGGAUAAAACAGGCGAAAUAUUGUCACUGGUGGGCAAAAAAUUGAACACAAUGCAGCCACCAGAUCCAUUCGACACAUUCGGCCAGCAUGUGGCGAACAAGCUACGUGCACUCACCCCUCAACAGAAUAUCAUUGCACAAAAAUUAAUCAAUGAUGUGCUAUUUGAAGGUGACAUGGAGUCUUUAAACAGAAACUUUAAGGUUGUUGAGGUUGAGACACUUUCAAACAUGGAAAGCCAAAACCUGACACAGUUUUUUAAAGGUUUUCAAUAA